AUGAUCCGUGGAAUGUCACUGGCGGAUAUCCGCCAUUCCUGCGAUGAAGCUGCUGACAGUCUCACGAAAACCUGUGUCCGUCUCAAUUCUCAGGGAAGUCUUCUUCGCGUGCAACAGUUGGCCUUUAUUGGAUUAAAGGCCAAGUGUGGGGGGCGGAUGAAGGACUUCCAAGAUACGCUCAGGUCCGCGAUACAGAUGGCUCAAAGUAUUGGAGCGGAUAAAGACUGGUUUGUAAUGAUUCCAGAUAAAAGCGAGUCAGAGAAGGAAACCUGUCGCAAGGUAUUCUGUAAUCUCUAUAUAUGGGACAGCUAUUUAUCACGACAAUUGGACCGUAUCCCUAUGGUACCCAAUGGCACAGAGCAGGAGAACAUGUUGCACAUGCACCUUGGCUCCAAUGUCAAUAACGCCCAUGGCCUCGAGGAAUUCACUGAGCGCAUCCUUCAGGCUCGCCUAGCCAAUUUCUGGAGGAGCAUGGGUCCAACCUUAGGGUCUACAUAUGAUGUGAUUCUUGCCGAAGAGAGAUAUGAAAAGCUAUGCAGUAAUUUUCUGACCACGCUGCCAUCCGCAUUUGCCCUCCAACCAAACAAGCAGUGGGAUGAACUACUUCCGAAUCUGGCAAAACAAAGAGAAGUUUUCUUCAUAUCGAUAUUCGAGACUCUUUGUUAUAAUUUCCGGCCAGCCAUUUUGUUGGAUGGAAGACAUCUUCCCAAGUAUAAGCAAGACUUGCUAUCAUGCCAGCAAAAGGCUCUGGCGGUUGCUGCACUCUAUGUUCUGCAGGGGGUAUCCAGACUGCAUUCUCUGAUUGGCGGUUCUCAAAUACGGUACACAGAAAUCAUCCAACCGGCGUUCGAAGCUGCUGUGGUUCUGGUAUCACUAAUCAUGGAUCGAAAUUUUCUUGGCGACGUCGAAAGCCACAGUUCGAGGAUCAUCAAUACUGAUCUUCUUCGGGCCGGUAUGGCGAACUUGACCCGGGCAGGGUGCAUGAAGGCUAUACGAGAUGCAUUCAGUCUCCUACAGAUGCUAGCAGAAGUCAGCAAUAUGGCAGACGUGGGAGCACAGAACCUUGCCAAGCUGAUCCACAAAGUCGGCAAGCAGCCCAUAGGCGCAUCAGAAAUGGAAAGCCUCUCCAAGCCAGAUGACGGAGCAUUCUCACAAGCAGGAGGAAGCUCAACUGAGAUUAAUUUGCCCAUAUACUCAGAUUCAAAUCCUGCAGUCUCGGUGGCGGCUUUUGAUGUUGAUAUGAAUAUGAACUGGGAUGCUUUGUGUUCAUAUAUUUGA